AUGGUACUUCCUCGCCAUACUCUUCCUCCGCCCCCACCGCCGCCGCCGCUCCCCCCACCAGUUUCCCAGAGCUCAUUCCCACCCCUCUCACCCUCUCCUCCUACUCAUAACAAUUCUCCUCCUCCUCCUCCUCCUCCUCAUCCUCAACUCUUAUCAACACCAAUGUCGUAUGCUGCAACUCUCAAGGCAGCGCCCCCGGCCUUUCCCGCUACGGUGCAGCAGCAGCAACAGCAACAGCAACCACAAAAGCAACAGCAACUGCAGCAGCAGCAGCUACCUCCGCCCCCGCCGCAACAUCCUGCUCAUCAAUCCCCAAUUUUAUUCCAUCCUGGCCAACCAUUUCGCCCAAACCCUUCACAGCCAUCGUUCACUCCUGGAGGCCAGCAAGCCCCGAACCUUUCAACCCCAAAGCCAUGGUAUCCGGAUGUUUAUACUCUCCCGUUCAUACCGCAGUACUUGCAAGUAAUCAAUACACUUCCUGCUGCAACAGUGACAUCUCUUCCCCCGCCUUCGAUUCAAUUCCAUGCUUUUAUAUCUUCUUUUUGUGGAUCAUCGUUUCUUCGAUUACUCCCUCCUCCUCCAGCUAUUCCACCAACACCAGCAAAACCAGCUCCCACUCCAUCAACAGAUCUCAACCCUUCCACCUACUUCGACUAUUUCUUCAAUCUUCUCUCCCAUGAAGUAUCGUCUCAGCACGAAAGGUUCCGGAAGUACGAUAUGUACAAUGAACCACUUUACGUUCAAGACCUGUCACAGAGCUUGUAUAGAUUGAUUGUUCCUGGGAUCCGGGAAAACACGCCUUUGGUGCAACUUGGAGAUGUUGUGAGGCUUAGACAGGUCCGAAUCCACCCAGCUAGCUACAUGGCGAUGGGGGGAGGGUCCUUUAACGGAUUCCAAUACGAUGCCUGUGUUUAUGGCAUGGACAAGACAGUUGGGUACAUUGUUCUCAGGGUGGAUCAUUUGAUGAUGGAAAGUGGACGUUUUAACGUCUGCUUCUGCGUUCAAGAAAAGCGGUGGGCCGGUCCUGCCAGGGCUGUCGAAGACCUUGGAGGGGAGCUGAAGAAUGUCGACGCGAAGGAGAGGCUCGUUAUAACCAACGGAAUAAAUGGUUUAAAUAUAAAUGGAAUAAAUGGAGUUAACAGCAACGGUAUUAAUGGAUCUGUAAACCAAGAUAUACCUAGGGGAGGAGGGUUCGUGAGGAGAAUGCUGUUUCCAGAAAAAGCAGACGGUGUUUUGCAAAGGAAUUUGGGCAAAGGAGCUUUUAAUCGAGGGUGGUUUGACGGAGAGCUGAACUAUGAACAACAGAAAGCAGUCGACGCAAUUGUCCAGCAAAAUUACGGGAAUAUCCCGUAUCUCAUCUCUGGGCCCCCAGGAACCGGCAAAACAAAAACGAUAGUAGAAGCAGUAUUACAACUGAUCUUCACGCCGUCUAGUCCGAAACAUCAUAUCCUUCUCUGUGCACCAUCGCAUGAAGCAGCAGAUACAUUGGCCAAACGUCUCAUCCCGUACCUGAAUCCGAAAGUACUAUUCCGCUUACAGUCGAGCGCUCGAACAUUUCCUGAAGUUCCAGGGGAAUUAUUGCCGUAUUCUUACAUAGCCAAUGACAUGUUUUCUCUUCCGGAAUGGAAAACACUUAUGGGCUUCAGAGUAAUUGUCUGCUCCACUCGAGAUGCCGAGAUUCUGGUGGAAGCCAGGUGCACAAACAGGGAUUUAGCUAGGUGGGAGAAAGGCGUCGUUGAUUCGUUGAGAGGAAUUGGGGACGAGAAGGAUGACAACGGUAGGCAUGGAGUGGUCGAGAAGGGCCAGAGUGUCAAUGUUCAUUGGACAGCUCUCCUCUUGGAUGAAGCGGCACAAGGCAUCGAACCAGAAGUUGCAGUUGCGCUUUCUGUUGUGGCACCACCGGAGGAGGCCAGUCUUGAUAGGCCAAUCUUUGUAAUGGCAGGAGAUCAAAAGCAAUUGGGCCCGAGAACAACCAGUAAAAUACCCCAACUGGAUAUGAGUCUUUUUGAAAGACUCUUUCUGAGGGAGAUAUAUAGUCAGCAUCCUCUGGCUAGGCACAGCUUUGGUGUCGAGCAAAACCCCACGGGCUGGAGUGCUGAGAGGAUUCUCGAAAGGAAGAAGGCUUUACUGCCAUAUCUCCGACCACCGUUCACAAACUUGAUUAGAAAUUACCGUUCACAUCCGGCGAUUCUAGCGGUGCCAAGUGCACUUUUCUAUAAUGACACUUUGGUACCAGAAGCGAGAGGUACAGAGGGCAUGGAAUGCUGGGCUGGAUGGAAAGGUCGCAAAGGAAUACCAAUUAAGUUUUGUUUGAAUGGUGGGCAGGAUGAAUGGCAUGAAGAGGGAGUGUCCUUCUACAACCUUCGAGAAAUUCAGAUUGCUUGCAAUAUUGCCAAAGACCUUGUGGCAUCUGGGCUUAUUGAGCCUUAUGAAAUAGCCAUCAUGGCCCAAUUCAGAGAACAGAUUAAACGUCUCAGAAAGGCCUUGCGUUCACCGUCUUAUGGCCUUAGAAAUGUCAAUGUGGGGCCCAUUGAGAUCUACCAGGGAAGUGAACAUAAGCUCGUUAUCAUCUGCACCACUAGAUCCCGAGAGCGAUUCCUUGAAGGUGAUCUAGAGAGAGGAUUAGGCGUGGUUUUUGAGAACAGGAGGGCAUGCGUAGCAUUGACCAGGGCAAAGCAGGGUUUGAUUGUCAUUGGAAACCCUUGGAUUUUAGGGAAGGAUCCAACCUGGAGAGCUUGGAUGGGAUUUGCCUGGCGCCACGAUGCAGUCGAAAAGGAUCCUUUUGAAGAAGCUGAAGAACCGAGAGCCCAAAAAACCGAUGGGUCCCAGGCUCCCACAGCUAGCGGUAAUGGAAAAUUGCCUUCGACGGAGUUGAGAGUUAACUUUUGGCAACCACCGGAGGAUGAGAGGGAAACACCACAAUAUAUCAGUCGACUAGAGACCGCUCUGGUAUAUAAAACCAGGGCAAUGAGUGGGGAUAUGUUGGGCGGAAUCGGCGGUGGAUUUGAUGGAGAUGAUCCUAUGUGGACUGCGGGAAUCGUAGCAGAAGAAGCGGUGCGAGAGAAUGAGAACAAAGUAAACGAGGGCUUUUCACCAAAUUAUUGGGCACAGAAACAUUUUCUUGAUAACACGAUCGCCGGUGAUGGGAGCAUCCCCCGCCUCAUGGCCCUAGAUGAUCAAACGGAAAUGUUCAUGGACAUGUCGAAUACCGUCAAUACUAGCCCUAUGAGAAGUCCGCCAGAGAUUGAGAGGAACAGGGGAUUUGUUGAGGUCAAGAAGUCUGAUACUAGUCAGACGGCACUUUUCCCGCCGGGGCCUUGGUGGCGCUAA